GGCGGCAUGGCGAGCACCGCCUUGGAGAUCAUCGCUUUCACGGUCUCUAUCUCGGGCUGGCUGCUGGUGUCUUCCACGGUGCCCACCGACUACUGGAAGGUAUCCACCAACGACGGCACGGUCAUCACCACCGCCACCUUUUGGGCCAACCUGUGGAAGACAUGCGUUACCGACUCCACGGGCGUCUCCAGCUGCAAGGACUUCCCCUCCAUGCUGGCGCUGGACGGUUAUAUCCAGGCAUGUAGAGGACUUAUGAUUGCCGCUGUCAGCCUGGGCUUUUUUGGUUCCAUAAUUGCCCUGUUUGGAAUGAAGUGUACCAAAGUCGGAGGCUCAGAGAAAGCCAAAGCUAAAAUUGCUUGUUUGGCUGGGGUUGUAUUCAUACUGUCAGGGUUAUGCUCAAUGACCGGUUGUUCCCUGUAUGCAAACAAAAUCACAACGGAAUUCUUUGAUCCUCUUUUUAUUGAUCAAAAGUAUGAAUUAGGAGCCGCUCUGUUUAUUGGAUGGUCAGGAGCCACACUCUGCAUAAUUGGUGGCGUCAUAUUUUGCUUUUCAAUAUCUGACAGCAACAAAACACCCAGAAUGGGAUACGCAUACAAUGGGGCCACAUCUGUCAUGUCUUCUCGGACAAAGUACCAUGGUGGAGAAGGAGAUAUCAAAACCACAACCCCCUCCAAACAGUUUGAUAAAAAUGCUUACGUCUAAAGAGCACUGCUGCAAGGUGAACCGCUCACAAAUGAUCCCAUCAGGGCUCUC